GAGAGCGCGCCGCCACACCAUCGCUGGCUCUUGAUGGGCACCUACAACGUCGCUCUGACGGUGGGCAAUGGGAUAGCUACCGGCGUCUGCGCUGGUUCAGCAAGACAGAGUCCAACCAACGACUGGCAGUGGAGAGUUCCAAUCGCCUGCCAGAUCCCUCUCAGCGUGCUGCUGGUGGUAACAUUCCUGUUAUUCCCUAAAUCACCGCGGUGGCUGAUUCCUCGACGCAAAUACGACGACACUAGAGUGGAUCUCCCCAAGUUCUUUGAUCUCGACCAGCACGCGGAAGCUGUCACUACGCAGAUGGAUAUCAUUGCGGCAGCCAUCGAA